CUUGCGGCCAAACCGCUAUGCAUCCAUUACAUAGCUCCGUUAUGAGACAGUUUCCCAUCCAGUCCAACCUCGAACCAAGAGAUUGCAUCUCCCCCACGAUCAGAGUACUCAGCAAGCGGCAUGGCAGACUCGCUCGGAAGGAUUUGCUACGUUUCUCCUAAGACAUCCCCACAAAGACUUAAAGAGCGUGGCAAGUGGGCGACCAAAAGCGAGUUCAUCCUGUCAGUGGCUGGUGCAAUUAUCGGACUUGGAAAUAUUUGGAGGUUUCCUUAUUUAUGCUACAAGAACGGCGGUGGAGCAUUCUUCAUUCCAUACAUCCUCUUCCUCGGGGCUUGCGGUGUCCCUCUUUUUGUUCUGGAGACAGCUCUUGGCCAGUACACUAGCCAAGGGGGAAUCAUGUGCUGGAGGAAGAUCUGCCCCUUAUUUGAAGGCAUUGGAUACGCCGGUCAACUCAUCCUUUUCUAUGGCUGCAUAAGCUACAUGGUCAUUUUAGCCUGGGCGUUUCUCUACCUCUUCUCAUCUUUCUCCAAAGAGAUGCCAUGGGCAACGUGUGAUAACACGUGGAACACAAACUCCUGCGUUGUAUUGACCAACUAUUCUUCCAACUGGACUUCCAACGUGAAUAUAUCAUCAUCUGUUGUAGAGUUUUGGCGACGACGCGUGCUAAACAUCUCCCCUGGCAUUGAAGUUUUGGGAAAGAUCCAAUGGGAGCUUUCUUUGUGCCUUCUUCUUGCUUGGCUCAUCUGCUACUUUUGCGUCUGGAAGGGGGUGCGAUCCACUGGGAAGGCCACCUACUUCACAGCAACCUUCCCUUUCGUCAUGUUAGUGGUUUUGUUCGUCAGAGGAAUGAGCCUUCCAGGUGCCCUGCUUGGCAUCAAGUACUACCUGUACCCCAAUCCGUCACGGCUCGCCGAUCCACAGGUAUGGAUGGAUGCUGGAACUCAGAUUUUCUAUUCCUACGCCAUAUGCUUGGGAUGUCUGACCACACUUGGGAGCUAUAACAAGUAUAACAACAAUUGCUACAGGGAUUCCUUCUUUCUCUGUUUGCUGAACAGUGGAACCAGCUUCAUUGGUGGAUUUGCUAUUUUCUCAGUUCUGGGCUACAUGUCCCAAAAACAGGGUGUGGACAUCGCUUUGGUAGCAGAAUCAGGCCCAGGACUUGUUUUCAUCGUAUACCCACAAGCAAUCAGCCUCCUGCCAUGGCCUCAAGUCUGGUCUGUGUGUUUUUUCACAAUGAUCAUUCUGCUGGGAAUCGAUGGUCAGUUUGCUGGACUCGAAAGCAUCAUGACCUCUAUAACGGAUAUGUACCCUGACCAGAUCCAAAAAGGAUAUCGCAGAGAGCUCCUUUUAUUGCUAAUCUGUGUUUUUUGCUAUCUCUUUGGCAAUUUAUUGGUGUCACAGGCCGGCUCCUACAUUCUGCAGAUUUUUGAUCACUACGUCUGCAGUGGUCCCACCCUUCUUUUGAUGGCCAUCCUCCAGUCAGUGGUUAUCGGGUGGAUUUAUGGUGCUGAUCGCUUCAGCGACAACAUUGAGGAUAUGAUCGGAUACAAACCUCUGACAUUGAUUAAGUACUGCUGGCUCUACGUCACACCUAUGAUAUGCAGUGGAACACUUGUGUUUUUGAUGCUGAGAUACACACCUCUCAGGUACAACAACACGUAUGUGUAUCCUCGUUGGGCCUAUUGGAUCGGCUGGUUCCUUGCUUUGUCGUCACUCUUUCUGAUUCCUUCUGCCAUGAUCUACAAAUUGGCCAAAGGAAAGGGUACCUUUUGGCAGCGUCUGAAGACAAGCACCCAAUGUGCAGACGAUCUCCCAGUGAUGGCGAAGGAAAUGGCGACUCUUCGCAUUGCGCUAAACGUUCCCGAUGAUGGCAAAAAACAGUAAUAUUCGAUAAAAUAGCCUCCGUUGAAUUGAUACAUAUAUACUGUACGUACAGUAUAUAUAUUAGAUCAGGUUGUUUACUAAAAUUAGGUCAGCUAUUCUAUGCAGUAUAUGGGUACGCAAAAAAAACUAAGUUAGAAAACGUUUUUAAAAUUUUUACAAAUGAGUCUAUUGAAAGUGUUUUUAUUACGCUACAGCAUAGGAGUGAACCUCCGCUUAUUUGUGGUUUGGCAUUCGUAGAUUUUUUUUAGGGGGCGGGUAAACCUGGAAAAACUCUUCUACCUGGUUUUGUGUUCAAGUGCCAUAGCCAUGUCUAAAAUCAAAAUAUUGUUUUCGUGCCAUCUUUCACAAACACCAUUUAAUCACGUUAAACCCAUGGUUUGACAAUUUGGAAAGGGACCAAAAUUGGAAAAAAAGAGACACGGGUUUCUGAUGUCUCAAAAAAGGUAAACACCAAUUAAAUAUAUUUGACUAGACCUCAGUUCAGACAACACCAAAGGUUCAACUGUUAUUUUAGUGCUUUACUUCUAUUUACAAUUGUGUGACAGCUAGUCUUACAUAAAUGAGAUUUGUGAGGUUUCUACUACAUCCAUCUCAUUCCUUAUUAAAGGUAAGAGAUUGUUUUGUGUCUUAAUCGUAAUGUACUACUGUAUGUUUGCACACUAUUAGGACAACUUUGAUUAGUAGGACAAAACCAGGCCCAGAGUGGCUAAUCUGGAACACUGUGAGAUCCCCACUGGGCCGUGCUAUUAGAGCCGCUCUUCCAGACAGUUUAGAAGCAAAGUGCCUUAGUACCAUAAUUUGUCCUACUUGUCCUACUAGUAUGCCAUAGUCGUCAUACUAGUAUGUGGAAAAAGGUUGCUAGCAGACACAGUCGUACUACUAGUGCAGGGAUUUUCAACUGGUUUUGUCCAAGGGACCACCAUUAUAACCAAAAAGCAACUCGUGGACCACUGCUUUGGCGGAAUGUUAUUUUAAUUUGCACUUAAGUAGAAUAGACCUAUACAGGCUAUUUGCAUGGCUGUCAAUUUUGGAAAUCUCAUCUACAUUUGACAUAAUUUGGAUGGGUAAAUUAUUCACAAAAUUAGCUGGAAAAUAAAUCGAGUCUAAAUACGAAAUCCAUUUUAUUUUUGAAAAUGUUACAAUUAUUUUCCAUUUCCAAUUUCACGGACCACGUGCAAUAUCGCCACAGAUCACGAGAGGGCCGCGGGCCAACCGUUGAUAGUCACUGUACUAGUGCACUGAAUUGUCCUACAAUAAGGACAAUUCAGUGUACUAGUGUGCAUCGUGGGGUGGAUAUGCUCAAACCUGUUGAAAGAGAGCCGUUUGAGCAUUAAUAGCCACUAAGGUUCCACAAUUCGGAAAGGGGCCAAAAUGUUGGGGGAAAAUGGGCUUCUAAUAACAAAACAAAAAAAGUAGAACUGCAAAUAUGCAAGUUACUCAUAUCACUCGGUCUCAGUUCAGACUGCACCAAAGGAUUAUCUCUGUUUUGCAUUAGCGCUUAGCUUCGCUUUAUUUACUACCAUGUUUCAGUUACAAAAAAGACUUGGGAGGAUUUUCUAACACACUGUUUUGUUGUUUUGACAUUUAUAUCUCAUGUAGAGAAUUUUGAUAUAGUCGUAUUUUUACACUGUUACGAGUGUUAAUGUUAUGGCUUCCGUCAGUCAUUCCAGACGCAGCAACCCAUUUUGGGGCAGAAUGUUCUGAUCUUCUCAUCUCUGUGUUAUACUGUACAAAUGCAAAUGACCUUUGCCAAAGACACUGACACACACACACACACUUUUGAGCAUUUUCUGUCUUUUUUUUUUUUUUUUCUUUCCAAAAAUCAGCUAAUGCCCAACUGUUGGAUGUGUCUGGAAGGUUAACCUGUAGUGAAGAGUGUGUUGAAGUGUGCUAAAAGGUUUGUUUUUUUCUCUUCCCGGAAAUGUCAAACGUGUUCAACAUUUCUGACAGUAAAUCCUUACGUUUUUGUUCAACAACAAUUUUGGUUAAGGUAGAGGUUCUGCAAUUGUGACGUCAAACUAAAUGAAAGCCAAUUAGGAAGCGACCUGAAGCUAAUUCUGUUGCCGGACUCAAAGUAAAGUGUUGAGUGUUUGCAUUGACACCUUUUGCUCAUGUGAUGGCUAUUGGUUUGUCCGCCAUGUUGAAGGUCGAGAUCGGGAGGAUAGGCUUAAAAUACAAAGACCACUUGACCAAGUUGUGUUUGUUUUUCCUGUAUAACUACCCUGGUCAGUUAAUAUCAACUGUUAUAAAAUUUCUAGGAUGUGCUACGUGCCAGAAAGUUGAGAGUGUAUAAAGAAUCCUACAUGUUUAACAUAAUACCGCAGCAACAUUUGGCCAAUAUCCAAUGUUGAAGUCCAAGAAGUUUACUCCCAUAAGUGGGCUAAAGGACUAACCACUCAUAGAUCCAACUAUUAUCUGCAUAGCAGUCAAAGGAAAUGCCGUGCUUUCUUAGACGGAACCCAGGGGCUACAAAUAGAAUGAAAACAGCAGGGGCUCUGAAUAAGCACCGGAGCAAAACAGAAACACAUCAACCUCUAACAUGGUGGCCACGGACAUGUCAAGAGAUGUGUGACUUCAUGGGAAAAUUCAAAUUGAAAUGACAAGCAGAAAGGUUUACAACCGCUAGCUAACAACAAUUCAUCUACUUCUGUACUACUACUACCACCACCACUACUUCGCGUUCUUCUUUUUUGUAUUUUCAGGCAGUCUGUGUGCCCUGUAGCACUAUGCUGCCUCUCACAGGUCAGAGUUGAUACUACACCAAAUGCGAAUAUCUGGAUUGGGGGGAGAAAAAUGGUGCUCCGAUUAUUACAUGUAAAGGGCGCUGUGCUGGUUAUUUCUUGUACACCGCACACGAUAAAGUCAGGAAGAUCUCACUUGCAGAUCCUUAAAAAUCAUAAUGUGUGUACUGUACCCUAACUAACCUCAUGUUUUUUGUGUCCUCCAAGCACACAGUGUCCGCACAGACAUUUCUUUAUUUGGGUUAUUUUACCAGCCUAAGUUUUACCAUCCCUGUUUCCAUUUGAGUCUUAACUUGGCAGGCCUGAUCAUCAGGUAUGGAAUGUUGUUUUGCAUUCUGUCUAAAUGUGUAUUCUGUGUGCUUUUCCAGUGUAGCCCGCCAUUUUGAUGACAGAGCCACUCUCUUUCCUAGUCACUCUCUGUUUAUUGGACCCAUAGGGGGUAUUGCAAGACUUGGCUUAGUUCCCUGCACCAUCUAGUUAGUUGAAUUUGUCCCUCAUCUGACCACGUGCGCACUGCUGGGUGUCACAGCGCCAGUUUGGCCAUUUCCACUUCAUUUCCCUCUUGGCACCUUCCCCACACUGCCUGCACUUUUGUAGAAUGCAAGCCAAACAGCAUGCAUAAGCAUGUUACAAAACAAGCAGACUAACUCAUAAAUUCAAACCUAUGCAUAUUUUCUACUUUGCUAUAAACGGAGUUUCCCCAUCAA